AGAUUGUACGGGUUGCAGCUACCAUGUUCUGAGCUCCUAACUGCACAUAUGAUGAACUUUUAAAAAAAAUAGGACAAUGAUGACGUUUGUUACUUAGUACUGCUUAAACUCAAUGCACAAAAAUAGAAGCUGCAAUCACCAUUCCUCUGGAGACUUCAUCAUGAAUCUUUACUCGGUUCCAAUUGCAGUUGACGAUCUCAAAGGUUUCCGUGUGUAAUAGAAUGUUACUGAAAGUUUUCUUAUCGAAUAUCAUGGUGUUCGUGCCGUCACAACCUAAUUAUGAUUUGGAGGAGAUUAGCAUAUACUUUCAUAUCUAAGGAAGAUUGCCGAUUACUUUAGCAAAGCAUGCAACUGACACUGAGAGUGCAUCGCAGGGUUCUAUGUAGGAGCUACUGAGUAGACAAGCGAGCAGUAGCAUAAGUUCUUACUUCGUUUCUUUUCCCGUUAUUGAGGUCCAGGAGUAGAGGACUUCAUGGAGCCGAAUAAAAGUUCCAGGAGCUCGCGGAGUAGCAUUGAGAAGCACACCAUUUCAUUCUUUACACGUUGCACUGUUCUAGUCUUCUCUGCCGUAUGGAUCUUUGUAAGUAUACCAAUACUAUGCGUGGUGUUGGUCAUAGUAGUGAUAGCCUGGAUUGUACAUCGACUGAGUUCAUGCUGCUCGAGUAUCUCCAGGAGCUGUCCAGAGUUCCUGACCACAACAGAACUCUUCUGGUUCUUUAAUAGUAAACAAUCCUCAUCCAUUUUACAGUGCCUUAUUAAACUUGAUAGUUAUGCCACAGUCAAUUCAGUGCGUGACGUCAUAUCCAAUCGAAUGUCAAAUCCUGACAUGCCGAGAUCACUCUCCUUCCUUAGGCUUCGGAAACGGUUGGUGAGGACUUGCAUUUCUUUUGCUUGGUACCUGGACAGCGAUUUCACCUUGGAAAAUCACGUGACUGAACUUGCAGGAAAGUUUAAGUCUGAAGCGGACGUUGAAACGCACAUCUCGCUCAUGGCUGAUAAGGAUUUAGAACCAGAAAGGCCAUUAUGGAAUGUCCAAGUGCUUCAAUGUGGUUGGGAAAACAGGACGUAUCUUUUAGUUCGCGUACAUCCAUGUUUUGCAAAUGGGAAUGCCUUUAUUGACCUCCUGUGUCAACCUGAAACAAAAAGUGUCCAUUCAGUGACUCAGUAUGAAGAACAGAACUCCUCCCACCCAUUAAUGAGCGCUAUCAGUGCUGUACUUUUUGGACCAUUGCUCAUAGCCUACUUCAAAUUAUCACCCAGAAGUAACUCACCCAAAGUCUUUCCAGAAAAGAGCCAAAGCAGUAAAUAUUCAAUUGGAUGGUCUCGUCCAAUAAACUGCCAAAAGGUCCUUGAAAGCAAAGUCGUGGCAAAUUGCCACAUUUCAGAUUUUGUAUUGUGUGCUGCUGCAGGUUCAAUGCGUUCCAUCUUACCUUGUGACCCUACGCAACAGGGUUCUGAUACCUUCAUGGCAAAUGUCCUGUAUAGCUUCCAAAGAUGUAGUGACACAUGCGUCAUCAGCUGUACACCAGAAGUGCCUUUGGAUACACAGUUCGCCACAAUCCCUGUGCAGUUGCCUUUGCACAAGGAAGGAAUCAUCCCUAGGUUGUGGGACACCAUACGAACCACCAGAACCUUAAACCAAUAUUGCGCCAAGGCCAUCUCAUGUGGUGUCCUACAGACCCUGACACUGCUUAUUCCGUCCAAGUACUCUUCCCUUUGGCUCUCGAAGACACUUUGCAAAGGCCAGUGCCUCAUCAGUUAUUUCCAGGCAUCCAAGACAGGCCUCUCUAUGGCUGGAGUCACAGUAUCCAGCAUUGUUCAGUGGUUCCCACCAGGAAGGAAUUCUUUCAUUAGCUUUUCUGUGCAGACCUACAAUAAUGAACUUCGUGUCGGGGUAGUUGUUGACAAAUGUCUGUAUGCCAAGGCCAACACAUUGGCAGAACGAUUUGCAACAGAGAUCGAUACACUUAUUUCCUUUCUGGCUCACCGCCGGGUCCUCCGGAAACAUCGGCGUAAGAAGAGUGAUGACUUUGAAGACAUUGAUGAAUUUGAUGACUACCUUGACCAAGAGACUGACCAAGAAUCCUUCAACGACGAGAUCUGUCGACCAUGCUGGUCUAAACGAAACUCGGACACCGUCGAAGAUGAGAAUGAACAGCCGCAAACAAGUCAACAACAUUCCCUCGAGAUCAUCAACCUCGAUCAAGAAUCUUCACCGGAUGUCGUUGACGGCGGCGCUGGCGGCAGUCUGGAUCAGUUCUUUACCAAGACACACCAGACAGCGGAAGGCGGUGAUGACAUAUCAGCACGCCAGGACAUUGUAACCAUUCAUGGGUUGGAAGAAGUUGUUCCAGGAUCGGUCAUAGCCGUAGAGGAAGUGCAAGACGAAGAGAAUUCCUCAGAUCUUGGUGAUCGCCGAUUAUCAAGUACACCUCGACGCGAGACCGUUAUUACCUCAGUAGCCAUCAACGUACUUGAUCCAGCGCAGUCGUUUGACUUUUCGCCCUGCGUUGAGCGACGGCCAAGUGCUACUCUAGACAUCUGACAGAAGGCAUCUGCAAGAAAUCAACUAAUCCCUCAUAAUGGGUAGAAGAUCACUGAUUUCUAUGAAUCUAUAGGAUCUGGAAAUCCUUGCAGAGAACAUCUUUACUCAUUGAACUCUCUCAAGAUCAAGGGAAAAUAAUUUCCAAGGAGCUUUAAAAAGAGAUGGAGUCAAGUCAAAGAAAUUCAAUUUUAACAUUGUUAGAUGCUGCAGUAUACGUCAGCCACAUGGCCCGUAUUCUGAAGUCGGGUUUAACUUAAACUCGGGUUUCAGGUUGUGGUUUAAGUAUGAACAGCCAACUGUUACAUAAUCACCGACAUUAGAGAUAUCAUAGUUUCAGCUCAUUCGGCUCUCAAAUCAUUCAUAAUUGUGUAGGAAGUAUAAAUAGAUGAUUGUCUUCACCAUCGAUGAAUCAGGAAAGAGCACAGUAAACAUAAGAAACAUACAACUUAAUAAAAAAUUUGAUACUUUUGGCUUCCCAUACUUAAACCAUGACUUUAAACCUGAGUUUAAGUUAAACCCGACUUCAGAAUACGGGCCAUAGGGCCUACAUACAUUGGAUCUUCCUUUCAAGGCAUAAAUAACAAUAAAUUUACC